CUGUACUUUUAUCUAUCUGUGUUGUGUUGUUGUGUUGUGUGGUGUAGUCUUCUCAUUCUCAUCUCAAUGGCAACUCAAGGUCAAGUCAUUACCUGCAAAGCUGCGGUGGCCUGGGAACCCAAUAAGCCAUUGACCAUCGAAGAUGUUCAGGUUGCUCCACCUCAGGCUGGUGAGGUUCGAAUCCAAAUCCUCUACACAGCUCUCUGUCAUACCGAUGCUUAUACUUGGGGCGGCAAGGACCCAGAAGGUCUCUUUCCUUGUAUUCUUGGUCAUGAAGCUGCAGGGAUUGUGGAAAGUGUUGGAGACGGUGUUACUGAAGUUCAGCCUGGCGAUCAUGUUAUCCCCUGUUACCAGGCUGAGUGUAGAGAGUGUAAGUUUUGCAAAUCGGGCAAGACAAACCUUUGUGGGAAGGUUCGUAGUGCCACUGGAGCUGGGGUCAUGCUCAGCGAUCGCAAGAGUCGUUUCUCUAUUAAUGGAAAGCCCAUCUAUCAUUUCAUGGGAACCUCCACGUUUAGUCAAUACACAGUUGUGCACGAUGUUAGUGUAGCUAAGAUUGAUCCACAGGCUCCUCUGGACAAAGUUUGUCUUCUUGGAUGUGGUGUUGCGACUGGCCUUGGAGCUGUCUGGAACACUGCAAAAGUGGAGGCUGGGUCAAUUGUUGCUAUUUUUGGCCUUGGGACUGUUGGUCUUGCUGUUGCAGAGGGUGCAAAAACUGCUGGUGCAUCACGGAUUAUUGGCAUAGAUAUUGACAGUAAGAAGUUUGAUGUAGCAAAGAACUUUGGAGUCACUGAGUUUAUAAAUCCAAAUGAACAUGAGAAACCAAUUCAGCAGGUCAUAAUUGAUCUCACGGAUGGUGGAGUUGAUUAUAGCUUUGAAUGCAUCGGAAAUGUCUCUGUGAUGAGAUCUGCUUUGGAAUGCUGCCACAGGGGCUGGGGGACAUCAGUUAUUGUGGGUGUUGCUGCAUCAGGGCAGGAAAUAUCAACUCGCCCUUUCCAGUUGGUGAGUGGACGUGUCUGGAAAGGAACGGCUUUUGGUGGCUUCAAGAGCAGGUCCCAAGUGCCUUGGCUUGUAGACAAGUACUUGAAAAAGGAAAUCAAGGUUGACGAGUACAUUACCCAUAAUGUGACACUUGCCGAGAUCAACAAGGCUUUUGAUCUUUUGCAUGAAGGGGGAUGUCUUCGCUGUGUGCUUGCAACACAUUAAAAGCCUUGCUAGUUUCCUGUGGAAUGUGUGUUGGGUUGCUUUUCCCUCUUGUGGUGGUUAUAGUUUAAAUAAAACCUUGAGUGGCUGUAGUUUGUAACAUCAUUUUGGUCUAUAAUAUGGACGUUAUCUUCUGAAUCUUUUGGCGGACUUGUGACCAGAAGGCCUUAGCACUGAACACAUAAGCAUCCUUUUAAGUUGUGACUAUGAUAUUCGUAUAUUUUGCCUGUCAAGAAUCAUAUAUCACCACUCCAUCCUUCGGGUGAAGCUUUUUCAUAUAGGUGGUGCAUUGUUAUUCAAAUCUUUCGUUUGAAGUAAAUAGAUAUGGUUACUU